AAUCAAUAUGGCCGACUUUUACCGGUCAGUUUAGUGUUUUGAUAAUUAUUAAUUUGAAUGAAAUAAUUAUUUUGCAGUAAAGUUGUGCUUUUAUCCUGAGAUAAUUUUUAGUCAAAUCUUAGUGCUUAAAUAAUUAUGGAAGCACUCAUACCAGUUAUUAAUAAGUUACAAGACGUUUUUAACACCGUCGGAGCUGAUGCCAUCCAAUUACCUCAAAUUAUUGUAUUGGGAACUCAGAGUUCUGGAAAGAGUUCCGUUAUAGAGAGCCUCGUUGGACGUUCCUUUCUGCCUCGAGGACCAGGCAUCGUCACACGUCGUCCUCUUGUUCUUCAGCUGGUAUACAGCCCUAAAGAUAGCAAGGAACAUCGCUCAGCUGAAGAAGUAUAUAGAAACCAGGAGACAGGAAAUUUAUCAUGGAAUCCAUUAAUUCAACUGUCUCAAACAGUGUUUUCAAAAGGUACAAUAAACUUGGAAGAAUGGGGAAAAUUUCUCCACACAAAAGAAAGAAUCCAUGCAAAUUUCGACGAAAUAAGGCAGGAGAUAGAAAGAGAAACCGAUCGUAUGGCCGGUAGUAAUAAGGGAAUAUGUCCAGAACCAAUCAAUUUGAAGAUUUAUUCUACUCGUGUCGUGAAUUUGACACUUGUAGAUUUGCCUGGAGUUACCAAGGUACCUAUUGGAGAUCAACCUGAAGACAUAGAAAGCCAAAUAAGAAAUCUUAUUAUUAAGUAUAUUUCCAACCCUAACUCAAUAAUUUUGGCCGUGACAGCUGCCAACACUGACAUGGCUACAAGCGAAGCCAUAAAAAUGGCCAAAGAGGUGGAUCCUGAUGGUAGGAGAACUUUGGCUGUGGUAACAAAAUUAGAUCUCAUGGAUGCAGGAACUGAUGCCAUUGAUAUUCUAUGUGGACGUGUGAUUCCUGUGAAACUGGGAAUUAUUGGUGUUGUAAAUAGAUCUCAACAAGAUAUAAUAGAUAAAAAAACUAUUGAGGAUGCCCUCAAGGAUGAAGCUACAUAUCUUCAAAGGAAGUACCCGACAAUUGCGACUCGCAAUGGAACUCCUUACUUAGCCAAAACCCUAAAUAGGCUUUUGAUGCACCAUAUUAGGGAUUGUUUGCCUGAACUGAAGGUGCGGGUCAAUGUUAUGAUUUCACAAUUUCAAUCAUUACUCAACUCAUAUGGAGAAGAUGUUUCGGAUAAAUCCCAAACCCUCUUACAAAUUAUCACAAAGUUUGCCAGCGCCUACUGCUCCACCAUAGAGGGCACUGCAAGAAACAUUGAGACAACAGAGCUGUGUGGUGGUGCUCGAAUAUGCUAUAUAUUCCAUGAGACAUUUGGACGUACACUGGACUCUAUACAUCCUUUAGUAGGUUUAUCUCGUAUGGACAUAUUAACUGCGAUACGAAACGCAACGGGCCCUAGGCCGGCGCUGUUCGUUCCUGAAGUCUCGUUCGAGUUACUCGUGAAAAGACAGAUCAGAAGACUGGAGGAUCCAUCAUUACGUUGUGUAGAACUGGUGCACGAGGAGAUGCAGCGCAUCGUGCAGCACUGCGGCACGGAAGUGCAGCAGGAGAUGCAGCGCUUUCCCCGGCUGCACCAGCGCAUUGUGGAUGUUGUCACGCAGCUGUUGCGCACGAGACUGCCGGCCACCAAUUCCAUGGUCGAAAAUCUAGUGGCCAUCGAGCUUGCAUACAUCAAUACUAAGCACCCCGAUUUCCACCGCGAAGCCGCGCUAGUCUCUGGUCUACUCAAGAGUACAGAUGGGCUGGUGGAGGAACACAGCCCGAUGUACAGGCAGAAGACACCUCGGCCGACUUCUACACCGGUAUCCACAAUUUUCAAACAAUUUCUUCGCCAAAUGGGUGAAAGAGGGUCCGUCUUGGUAUUGUUGGCAAAAGUUAUGGAUACAUACCAGCAUGUCCCGGCUAUCACCGACGGCCAUGACAGGUCCCCGCCCAGUAACGAAUCUCCUGCCACUCCACAGGUGAAUGGCAGUCCAGAAAACAAGGCGAUGACUCCGCAGAAACCAGUCAAUUUGCUGCCUGAGGUCCCAAGCCAGACUUCUAGGAAGCUCUCUGAUCGGGAACAACAUGACUGUGAUGUAAUCGGUGGACGGAGCGACCACACGACAUACCAAAAAUGUAAUACAAUGACUGUAGAAGGCAUCAGCAUGAUGCAUUUGAGUCAAAUGGGUGACUUAGUCGAACGGCUGAUCAAGUCGUACUUUUAUAUAGUCCGCAAAUCUAUCAAAGAUUCCGUACCGAAGGCUGUGAUGCACUUCCUCGUAAACUUCGUGAAGGACAAUCUGCAGUCGGAGCUGGUCACCCACCUGUACAAGUCCGACCAGGCGGAGAACAUGCUCAAUGAGUCAGAACACAUCGCGCAGCGCAGGAAGGAAGCUGCUGACAUGCUUAAAGCAUUGCAACGCGCCAGUCAGAUUAUAAGCGAGAUCCGCGAAACUCACAUGUGGUGAUGCUUGGCCGAAGAUGAUGACUCUAGUCUGUGAAAUAGUGAAUUUGAGCUCAGAGCUCUGUACAUACUCCUGUAACCUAGAUGAAUUGUGUAGGCAUUUUACUUAUUUAAAUGUUCGCACACCUUUGCUUUCAUAUUUAUAAUCUGCAGCUCUCUCAAAAUAUCCAUUUCAUGACAAUCUGGCAUAUUAUUAUUUAAAAGCGAAUUUAUAUAAGAAAACCAAAUAUCAGAGCGAAAACAGAAAAUAUGAAAGUGAAUUUGUGUUAGCUGUAAUUAAAACACUUGAAUUAAGCUUCAUGCUUAAAAAUGCAGAAGUUACGAACGCUUUAGUUUUUUUUUCCACCAAUAAUUCAUUUAUUGACAAUAUGUAUGCAAAGUUUUCACGUGUCAUUUACAUAUAUUUGUAAGAUGGAAGAUAAAUCUAACUCGCUCUAUUAAGCACUCGGCAUUGCUCGCUUGACGUAGAUGAUUAACUGCUCGAACAAGGAUUUUGGUAAUUUUUUACUGCCAACCCCCAGUCUGACGGCUUCUUCGGGAAUGAUUUUGUUGUUAAAUUUGGUGGUCGAGUCGCUUAGGUAUUCGAUUGAUGUUGGCACUUUAAAAUUUCUCAUAUUGUCACGAAAAUUAACUUUAACGCCCUAAAGGUCGAGUCGGAUAGUGGGCGGACCUACACGACCACGCUAGCUUGCACUGUCGGUAGUUAUUCUAAAUUUCACAAAAUUAUUCGCUUCUUUUAGUUACCAUUUCAUUAUUAAUCACGUAUUUGCUAAUUGAGUAGGAUAGUCUUAAAUUUCAUUAUACUUACCUAGUAAUUAAAGCGCAGUGAUAUUAAUUGUAACUCCUGCAAUAUUCAUGGCAUUGACUGACCGUCAUUUUUUUUUUACUGUUUGGCGGGUCUGUAAUGUGUUAUGUAUGUUCGAUUAUGUAAAUUAAUACCUCGUUCAUACUGUUUUAGUAUACAGGGCUGGUGGUAGUUUUAAACUUACUAGUUAUAUAUUUUGUAACGUUCUAAACGGAUCCAGAGUUCCUCGUGCAUUCAUUGAUAUUAUGAUUUCGCAUGCAUUCGAUUCGCACUGACUCAUCGUCUUAAUCGUAUUUAUUAUUAUUUUUUAUUAUCGCCAAUGUAGAGUAGUGAAUAUUCCAAUGUUAGAAAAUGUAUUUAUUGUUAUAGUCCGAAGUGUGAUGUGCUUUAUGUACCGAUCAUAAACAAUUGAAUGUUAACAUGUAUUUAAGUCUGUUAAAAAUUAUAGAAUAUUGUGAUGUA